AUGAUGCCCGUAGCAAGAAAGUUGCAGUUUCUUUUUCGAGGAAAUCUGAUUUAUAUGUGGAUGCUUAUCUCAGCAUUCUAUAUGAUUAUUGUAUGGUUCACCAUCAGACCACUUCUCUUCAACAGUGUGGCAUCCGCGUAUAUAGGCUCUCCUAUGAUAACUGAGUCUCAUGUGGAUUUCGCCCACUAUACCUCCUUAUGUCUAACGAUUCAUAACUCAACUCUGGCAGUCACAUUGGCCACCUUGUACUUCAUAGUGUGCUUCUACAUAAGAAAUAGGAGCAGUGUUUCCAGAAGCCGUCUACAGAUAUUCGUGCAGGUGCUUUUCAUAAGCUUGUCUACGGGAUUGACGGCAAUACUUUACAUAGCGCUCGAAUUUCUUCCAAUUCCUCAUAGCGUAGUCAUUGCUGCUCACGUCGUAUGGCAGCUCAGUCACGGCAUACAUGGAAUAAUAUACCUCUGUUUUAACUUGCAGAUUCGGAAGGAGACCUAUCUUAUGCUCUUCUCUUUGGCACCUGUACCCUCUGCUUUCAUCAUCCAGUAA